GUUCGACAGCGAGGUCGCCGGUAAAAAUCAAACUUCUACGUGGUCUCAGUGGGGACUCAGAGCUGUCUUCAUCAUUGCAGUUAGAUUCGGAGCAAGGCACGGUUUGGAACUUGUUGAAUGCUGUGGCGAAUGAAGUUUCGAAAAAUGAGGAGUGGUUGUUUGUAGAGGAAAGUAGCAGGGGAGCAGCUGCAGUCCCAGUCACUGUCAAUAAAAAGAACGAUGCCAAUGGGAACAACUGCUGUGGAAGAGAUCGAUGUGAUGUGACGGUGUUAUUGCGACUACCUCCCCACCCUCAUCCGCAGCUAGCAACUGAUAUUCACCCGCAGCCAUCAUGUGCUGCGCAUCCAUCAAGUGCGGUUUCCUCCUCCACAAAAGCCUCCUCAAGUACAACUAUCUUC